UUUGCUGGGUUUUCACUCUACAGUCCUAAUGAUAUCAUUCAUAUGUGACUGAAUGUAAUCUGAGCUUCUGUUUGUAUAUAGAGUUCUGAGUUUAUUGAAACAGAUUUAUCCUGUGACUGUCAGACUCAUGACGGACAGUUUAAAACAAAAAGGAUCAGAAUCGCUGCAGCAGAACCAGAGACGUCAUCUGUUUUAUUCCACACGUUCUUCUUCCUUGUUAAAACCUGCCGCCUACAUUACCCACAAUGCAACUCUCCCUCUGACAGCUGUGUGUGAGAUUGUGGUGUGUUAUGCUAGUAGCGGCUAACGUAGCCUGCAGCAGAGACGAGCAGCAGCCGCAGAGCUCUGCUGAGCUCGCUGCUUUCUAACUUCAGUUUCAGACUUGUAGCCUUCGGCCCCGACCGACGCUGACUCGAGUGACAUCACUUGAGGACAUUUAUCGGACUGCACUCAGCUCCCUCUGAGACACUGAAGGCUUCGUACGACUUUAAAACAUCUGCAGUAGAACUCCCCAACACCUGGAAACACGCUGAGGUGGAAAAUCACUGGAGUUCAACUUUAAAGUAAAUAACAUGAAAAUAUGUGGGCAGAUAAAAACAAUGAAAACACAUUGUAUCGUCCUGUAAGUGACUCUCUACAUUAGACAGACCAUGUCCAGACACAGAGACAGUCUCUCUGUCCUCAGUGUCUGUCUGUCUCAUCAUGUGGUUUCAAUCUGGCAGCUGAUUGGUUGAUUGGUGGCUGAACGCUGCAUGUGAUGUCAUGUGAGGAGAAAACUGCUGUCAGCCGCAUUUAAUCAGCGUGUGUGUUUCUGUGUGUGUGUCGCUGUGUGUUUCACGUUCUUAUAUCCCAGCGGGGAUUUAACCUGAAUGCACACUAACUAACGGGGACUCACCUUCCUUUUGGGGACACGCAUUGAGGUCCCGACGGGCAGAGACGACUUUUUGAGGGUUAAGACUUGGCUUUAGGGUUCAGGUUAAGAGUUAAGGUUAGGCAUUUAGUUGUGAUGGUUAAGGUUGGGUCAGGGGCUAGGGAAAGCAUUAUGGCAAUGACUGUCCCCACAGGGAUAGUCAAACAAACCAGUUUGUGGGACUCUGCAGUGUUUCCCUCAGCUGUUCAGUUUUUAGACUGAAGACUUCUCUGAUAAACUGAAUCUAAUUUUCCAUCAACAUGUCUCUGACGGCCUUAAAUGAGUUUUUUUAUUGGUUGAUUUCGUGUUUUAGACACUUAUUCUGUCAGCUAGCUGCUAGUGAGGCUAAAAAGUAACUCAGUGAUGUCAGCAGACUGACAUCACUGGGACUCUUUUAUUUUGAUUGGUGAAUCAAAACAAAACACAGAUAGACAUUAAACGGAGGAGAGGGCAGCAGUGCAUCAUGGGGCAUGAUAUGUGGAUAUAGACAUUAGUAAUGUGUGUCUGUGAGGCUCCUCCCCCUGAUGAUGUCACAGCUCCGUCAGUAUAAAUGAGCGGCCGACAGCUCGUCUCCGACAGACAGACAGGCGUCAUGUGGUGUCGAGGCUUCCUGCAGCAGACGGUCAGGUCCGUGUCGACCAGCAGACAGGCGGGCGUCCUCUUCGACGUGGACGGCGUCCUGCUGCGCGGCGGCUCAGUGAUUCCGGCCGCUCAACGAGCUUUCAGGAAGCUUCUGGACCGAAACAACAACUUCCUGUUUCCUGUCGUCUUCGUCACCAACGCAGGAAGCUGUCAGAGACAUCACAAGGCCCAGCAGCUGUCUCACCUGCUCGAUGUCCAGAUCGCCCCGGAGCAGGUGGUUCUUUCCCACAGUCCUUUGCGAAUGUUGAAGAGUUUCCAUGAUAAAUGUGUCCUGGUGUCUGGACAGGGACCGGUGAUGGACAUCGCCAACACUUUGGGUUUUCAGAAGGUCGUGAGUGUCGAGCAGCUCAGAGAACAUUACCCCCUGCUGGACAUGGUGGACCACAACAGGAGACCCAAGCUACCUUCGUCUCCUCUGCAGACUCCUCCCCAAAUAGAAGCAAUCAUCCUGUUUGGCGAGCCAAUCAGAUGGGAGACCAACCUGCAGCUGCUGAUUGACGUGCUCCUGACCAAUGGGAGUCCUGGUUGUGUGUACGAUCCUCAGCUGUCGGCCCAGCUGCCGGUGCUCGCCUGUAACAUGGACCUGAUGUGGAUGGCCGAGGCCCCAUCACCACGGUUUGGUCACGGGAUGUUCCUGCUGUGUCUGGAGUCCGUCUACAGGAAGCUGACGGGUCGAGAGCUUCAGUACCAGGCGCUGCUGGGAAAACCCAGUCUGCUAACAUACCAGUACGCUGAGCACCUGCUGAGACUGCAGAACCACAACCACAAGCUAACCACCAUCUACGCUGUCGGCGACAACCUGAUGACGGAUAUCUACGGUGCUAACCUGUACAACCGUUACCUGGCUCAGCAGCAUGCUGCCAUGACGACCACCACCAAGCUUGUUGCCCAGGGAACGGGGAGUCAGGUGACGAUGGCGGUGCCGGAGGAGGAGCUGGUGUCGGCUGCUGCUCAGUGUCUCUCCAUUCUGGUGUGCACAGGUGUCUACAACCCUCACUCCCCGUUGCCUAGCAACCAGAGCAGCACAGUCACAGAGACGGUGUUCCACGGUCACAGAGACCUGGUCCUGGAGCCAGACCUGGUGGAGCCGAGUCACGUGGUGGAGGACGUGGAGGCCGCCGUCGACCUGCUGCUGCAGCAGGAGAGCGCCGUCACCUCUGACCUGUGACCUCUGACACCUGAGCUUCUGACCUCUGACCCUCACACAGACACUACGAGUUUGGGUGUGUUCGAAAUCGCAUACUAACGUACUGCCAGCAGGAAGUACAGACAGCAAGACGGCCGCAUGAUGCAGUCACAUGACUGUAUCGAUCAACAUCGCCGCUCCGAGCUACCGCUGAAUGAAAAUAGUUUAUCACAAAUGUAAAUCAACAUCACCUCUUCCACCCAAUGCAAUAUUUUCCAAAUUAGCUAGCUAGCUGCCCCCGCAGGCGCAAACGUUGGAGCACAUUUUCGAUUCGCCAUCGGUUUUCGUAAAACAUUCGAAAACCAGACAGUUGAUUUCUCGCCUCAGAAAUCAUCAGAAGUGAAUUUAGUGACGAAAUACCAUGAAAAGUGUAAAACAACUACACUGUGGUGCUGAACCGUCUGCAGCCCGCCAUUGGACAGUCUGAAGACACGCAAUGCAUUGUGGGGCGGUUGAGUAUGUGCAGUAGGCUCAUGGCGCUGACUCAGAAACUCUUGCUAAUCUAGUUUACAUCUGGGCAUUUCUCGCGUACACAAAAUGCAGUUGGCGUCAUUCUUUGUAUGAAUAGUACGUUAGUGUGCGAUUCCGAACGCAGCCUUAGCUACGACCUGCAGGGUCACUCGGCCUUCGAGACAGCUGAAGGCUUCAGUUGGCUAAUUUUCUGCAGCGUUGUUAGCUGGUCUACCUGUACUGUCAGCUGGAAAUCAGUAAAGAAGAAGGAAACACACCUGUCUGUAGAACAUCAGUAAAACUCUGUAUAGCAUAAAGAAAACACAGUAGAGUUUGCUUUUCAUUUUUCUUUAACAGGUAAAAGUCUUGUUGAGAUUAAAAUCCUGAGCAAGAAGCAAAACAACACAGUUACAACAAUAAAUACAAACCACAGAAACUGAGUGAUGCAGCGAAUAUGUGACGUAGCAACAACUCACAGGGCUACAACUGCUGUACCUAGCUGGCGAGCUAACAGCUAACUUGCUGGUUAGUUAGAGCUAGUCAGUCACAUUAGCUCCCACAUCUUCUCUCUACUGUUGUGUUUACUUUCCUCUGACAGUGUUCAACUUUUUGUUUUAAGGUUAUCAAGUGAAAAUAAACUUCCCCGAGCUAACGAGCAGGAUAACGGUCAGUUAGCAAACCAAGCGGGAACCACUGGGGCUGAAAAGUGAAGCCAGUGCAGAAGCGCCUCAAACCUGCGUUGUUUCUAAUGGCCAGCAGGGGGCGACUCCACUGAUUUAUUACCUCAGUAAACGGUUUCCUAGCGAGUUUAUGGUCUCAAUCGCUAGUUUCAAGUCUUCUUCAAUGCAGCAUGAUGUUCAUUUUGUAAAUUAUGGUCCCGUUUAGAGGAAAAUAGACGAUAAAGCCGGGUAUGCUUUAGGGCGGGGCUACCUUGUGAUUGACAGGAUAGAGGCGAAGCGUAUCUACUGCGCUGUGCACAUUUAACUAGCCAUGAACUUGUUUUUGGGUGCUGUCGGUGUUUUCAUCUGAGAACUCUGACCCUUUCAUUGUGUUUUCAGUUCAUGAAAGUUAAUUGUAACAUUUUGGUCGCCUGAAAAUCUCUUGCUCAGCGUUCGGUUGUACUAAAAGACAUUAGCCAAAAUUAGCAUCCCAAUUAAUAUCACAAUUAAUGUACCUUGCUAACCUAGUAAGCGUUUAUCUCAUAACUUAGCGUUUGCUAUGUUCCCCAGCUCCACCCCCUCGUCCGAAUAUGGCCACUUCUGGUCACUGGUUGCAAAAAACCAAGAUGGCGACGCCCAAAAUGCCAAAUUCGAGGCUUCAAAACGGAAGCCCACAAUCACGGUGGCUACGUCCACUCCUUUUAUACAGUCUAUGUAACGAACUCAUUAGCUUGUUAGCUUAGCUCCACAGGGUUUUAACAGCUGUUUCACCAUGAUGUCCUCCUGUCAGGACGGCUUGUUACUGGUCAACAAGGCAAAUUUGAACUCUACAGCAGUGUUACUAACGCAGGGACUUUCUCACUGGAUUUGACAACUUUUAAGACCCUUUUAGCGACAAAUCUAGUGACGUUUUGACGCUAAGUCGUCAGUUGAAGAGCGUGUCCAGUAUUUCUCCUGUGACUCUGUGGACUGACUGUGCUCAGGACUGGAGCUGUGGGGGGGCGAAACGGCCAAAAUCUCUUAUGACGGCAUGUGUAAUUUUAUAUCACGGUAACGGCAUGUAUCACGAUACGCGCAUUUGAUCAUUUUCUUCUUUUCUUUGUAACUUCCACACGAACAGAAACAACGCCUCCUGCUCUGCAUUUAGUUUCACUCUCCUCCUCCAUGUUUUCUUCUCACCCUCCUCUUCUGGUUGGAGGUGCGUUACCGCCACCAACUGUCGCUCUCACGUCACGUGAGAAUGUGGUUAGCAGUCGUGCUGCCCAAAUCACGUUACCUUGCGAGAUCACGAGAGAAUCCAGCCCUGAUUGGCUACAUAGCCCCGAAUAUACAGCAGAGACACUACGGGAUCCCGCGGGGGAAACCGUAUCGCCAAAUCUCUACCGGUGCACGGUAUUCACGUCAUAUCGCCCAACCCUAAUUGGAGGAGAGCAGCGGCACGUUCAGUCGACCAAUCAGCAGCCAGACAGAAACAUGAAACGACCAACCGAUCACCACUGUUUGUUCAAGUAUUUCAGCGUUACUUUGUUUAAUCAGUCUGAUCGUCUGUGUUCACUGCAGCUCUGCAGUCUGAGCUCCAGCCGUCAAACGAACAUUUCAUAUGAACACAUUUAGACAUUACAGGUAGAUUCAGACGCACGUUGAUGAGAUUUAAGCAACUUGACAAAUGAUGGCUCAUGAUACAGCUAGUUAGUCAGUUUACGUAUUUCUUUUCAUUUUAAAAAUCUUGUUUACAUGUAAAUAUUUAUGCAGGGAUGUCACAAAUAUGCAGAUUAGCACAUGACGUCAUCUGGUGACUGCUGGAGCUCAACGCUGGAACACAUUUGCAUGUUUUGAUUAUCUGAUCGCAGUGAAAUGUCACCUUUUGACCUCAAGACAACUGUUGACCCGCUACAGAAGAGCUUUCACCGGAUCCGGAUCCAGCAGAAGAGACGUUUCUAUAUACAGUGAUGGACACUCAGCGGUGCGGAGGACAUGAUCUCAACCCGAGUCACACAGACGUCGACUUCUAGUUCAUCACAGUUAAAACCUUAAAGCUGCCGUAGGUAAUGUAGUUCAGAAGCAGUUUUUGUUAUAUUAGUUGAAAUUCAAAUCAAAUGCUCUGGGAAACAAUGCUAAACAUCUGGUAUCUGUGGCUGUCGCAGGCCGGUGAUAAGCACGUCCAAUCAUUGCUGCUCUACCUACCUGUCUACCUGUCCAGCGUUACCUACCCCAGCUUCAGGGAUCCUUCACUAAAAGUCAGUUUCAUUAUCACAGAAUUUCCUGCAACACGUUAUUUUAACCCUCCUAUUUCUCUAUAAUCAGCAUAUAAAGAUGUACUAACUGGUUCAUAACAGACUGUAUUUAUUAAUGUAUUCGUUAACUAUGACGCCUGCGGACAGAAGUGUUGUCUGCUGUAUAAACAAAUAGUGAUAAUAUGAUAAAACACAGCUGUAAUAAUAUAAAACGUGUCUUCGUAGAAGUUACAAAUACUGAACAUUAAUAAAACGUUCUUAAAUCUGCUCACAGCUUCGUUACAGUCUGUUAUUAACUGCUGUUAGCUAACGCUGCUGAUGGUAAACGUGCUAACAGAUUAGCUCGCUAACAGCAGCUCCCAGCUGACUGCUGACGGUCUGAGGUCUUUAACACACCUGUGAACACCUGAACAUGGAGCUGAGUGACCUCACGCGUUAAGAGUUUAACCCUUUACCUACUAAUGAACGCUCGGUAAACUAAUCUCACUAAUCUUUGCUGGUGCUCUGAACAUCUGAGCUGAUCAAUGUCGGACAUCCAGCUUCUGUGUAAUAAUAUGAUUCAAGUUGUGGAGUGUGAACACCUGAAUGCUUUCAUAUUUUAUAUUUUACUGAAAUAAAAAACAAACGUCUGAAAA